AUGGAGCCGCUGCUUUGCAUCGUAUUUUUGGCGUUUCUUUUGCUUCUCCUGUGGGUCCAAGUGAAAGGUGUAGACUACGUACUGGUGCACCAGCGUUGGAUGUUCGUCUGCUUGUUCCUGUUGCCGCUGUCCGUCGUGUUCGACAUGUACUUCUACGUGCGAGCCUGGCUCAUCUUCAAGAUGUGCUCAGCGCCCAAAUUACACGAACAACGGGUGCGGGACAUUCAGAGACAGGUGCGUGAAUGGCAGAAAGAGGGUGGCAAGGGGUUCAUGUGCACGGGCCGGCCGGGCUGGCUCACUGUGUCGCUGCGAGUGGGCAAGUACAAGAAGACGCACAGGAACAUCGCCAUAAACAUGAUGGACAUCCUGGAGGUUGACACUGAAAAGCAGGUGGUGCGAGUGGAGCCCCUCGCCAACAUGGGUCAGGUGACGGCACUCCUCACCUCUAUUGGCUGGACUCUGCCCGUGCUCCCCGAGCUGGAUGAUCUCACUGUGGGUGGUUUGGUGAUGGGCACCGGCAUCGAGUCGUCUUCUCACAUUUACGGUCUCUUCCAGCACAUCUGCGUGGCCUAUGAGCUGGUUCUGGCUGACGGCAGCUUUGUGCGCUGCACUGAGCAGGAGAACCAGGACCUGUUCCAUGCCGUGCCGUGGUCCUGCGGCACUCUGGGCUUCCUGGUGGCAGCCGAGAUCAAAAUUGUGCCUGCCAAAGCGUGGGUGAAGCUACACUACGAGCCGGUGCAAGGCUUGGACAACAUUUGCCGACGUUUCGCCGAGGCGUCCCGAGACAAGCGCAACACUUUCGUGGAGGGCAUCCAAUACUCCUUGGACUCUGCCGUUAUUAUGACGGGCACCAUGAGUGAGCACGCCGAGCCCAACAAGAUCAACAGAAUCGGCCUGCAUUUCAAACCCUGGUUCUUCAAACACGUGGAAAGCUACCUGACAAGCAGCAAUGAUGGAGUGGAGUACAUCCCCCUCAGACAAUACUACCACAGACACACACGCAGCAUUUUCUGGGAGCUCCAGGACAUAAUCCCCUUCGGUAACCACCCGGUGUUCCGCUGGCUCUUUGGGUGGAUGGUCCCGCCCAAGAUCUCCCUCUUGAAGCUGACGCAGGGAGAGACAAUUCGGCGCCUUUAUGAGCAGCACCACGUGGUCCAGGACAUGCUAGUGCCCAUGAAGGACCUGCAGUCGGCCAUCACGCGCUUUCACCAGGAUAUUGAAGUUUACCCUCUUUGGCUCUGCCCGUUCCUCUUACCACCCAGCAGGGGUAUGGUUCACCCGAAAGGUGAAGAGGAGCUUUACGUGGAUGUCGGCGCAUACGGAGAACCCAAAGUCAAACAUUUUGAGGCAACAAUGUCAACACGGCGGCUGGAGAAGUUUGUCCGAGAUGUCCACGGGUUCCAGAUGCUGUACGCAGACGUCUACAUGGACCGCGACGAGUUUUGGGAAAUGUUUGAUGGACAGCUGUAUCAUAAAUUGAGAGAGGAGCUUGGCUGCAAGGACGCUUUCCCGGAAGUUUACGACAAAAUAUGUAAAGCCGCCAGACACUAA